AUGUGGGUAUGGAUGGCUGACACUUCUGCCCAGGAGCAAGUCUCUGUCUACACUAGCAGAUGUGUUACAAUUGAGAGUUCUGGACCAACCUGGCUCUGGGGCACUGCCUCUGAGCACAGUGUGAUGUACCAGUAUAAUGUGGUUGGAGCACAGGGUCUAUUCAUGGGUAUGAUUCAGACAAAGUCCCCAUACUUCCAACCUGUUCCUUUGGCUCCAAACCCCUUCACUGCUGGAACUUUCCGCGGUGAUCCCCUGUGUGGAAGCUCUCUAGUCUGGAAUAAGGUUUCCAGAAUCGAUAGCUUGACCAGCAAUAAGGAAAUCGGGCGAUGGAUGCGGAGUACCCAGACAAACAUUACCGGGCAUUGUGGCAGAAUUAACGUCGUCUGA